UAAGGGGCACGGGAAAAAUCCCUUCACUGCUACUAGAAUCUUCUUUUCUCCUCUUUCUCUCUUUGUGCAAUAGAGAAGCGCAGAAUCCUCCACUGCUGCACCACCACCACAACCACCGUCUCCGCUGAGCAACACCGACCAGACUAAAGAGGAAAUUUCUCAAGACACAGGACAGCCAUUGCUAGUGUUCGUUAAGAUAUAAGCGAGUGGUGUAGGAACUAUGGCAAAGCAUCAUCCUGAUUUAAUUAUGUGCAGGAAGCAGCCUGGGAUUGCUAUUGGCCGGCUGUGUGAGAAGUGCGAUGGGAAGUGUGUUAUAUGUGACUCGUACGUGCGGCCUUGCACCUUGGUUCGGGUUUGUGACGAAUGCAAUUAUGGAUCAUUCCUAGGUCGUUGUGUGAUUUGUGGGGGUGUGGGAAUAUCUGAUGCUUAUUACUGCAAGGAAUGCACUCAGCAGGAGAAGGACCGUGAUGGGUGUCCGAAGAUUGUCAAUCUAGGGAGUGCUAAAACUGAUCUCUUCUAUGAACGGAAGAAAUAUGGUUUUAAGAAACGAUAGAAAAGAUUUUAGUGGGCACUAUUUUUACAGUCCGUUAACUAUAUUCUGUACUACAUAUAUUUCGCUGUUGAAACUUCUAUAUCUAAUACUGAGUCAGUAGUGGAGUAAACAUUUAACAAGCUUUUCGUAGUUCCCUGACUGGUUCAUUCUGUAAGUAACAAUUGAAAUUAUGUUUUAGAUUCUUGCAGAAGUGUUCUUGUCAGUGGUCAGUAUAAGCACUGAAAACAUCUUGAUUGGAACUGCAUCAUGAUGAUGGCGCUUGUAUGGUCUUCCAGUAGCUGAAAAAGCUCUUACCCCUUUUCAUGUAAGUCUUGACACUGUUGCAUAUUUAGCCUACAUUAAUCAAUUGAUGAUGCCUUACUAGUAAAA